AUGACGACCGAUUCUUCAGCAAUUAAACGCCUUCACAUCACUCCUUUCACCGCAGAACUUCUUCCCUCCAUAUUAUCUUCAUCCAUUCGACCAUUAGCCACAGAAAUCUCCUUCCACAGCAUCCCGACAUUUCCGGAGAAUAAUUACGGCUACGUGACGCUACCGGCAAUGGAGGCGGAUAAAAUUAAGAAGAAGCUCAACGGUUCAAUCCUCAAAGGUCGAAAGUUCAAGGUGGAUUUAGCUCGGCCACAGAAAAGACAGAGGGACGAAGGCGAAGAUGAAGACGAAACCGAUAAGGCAGCUUCCAAUACAGUAUCGCCGUCAAGCAAGAAGUCAAAGAAACAAAGGGAUGUCGGUAAUGUUUUAGAGGGAUAUGAGCUUCAAACAGAUCGCCAAGUAAAGAGAGGCUGGACAGAGUCAACAAGCUCCUUGAAGGAGAGGCGCAAGGAGGAGAAGAGAAACAAGAAGAGGGAUGAUAGAACAGGAAAGUCGCAGGCGAAAUCCAAGUAUACGGAGAAGGCAGAAUGUUUGUUCCGAACUAAAAUCCCUCCUAACAGAACGUCGUCUGCUGAGGUGGAGCAAGACAAGCAGUCAAAGAAGAAAAAGAAAAAAUCUUCGCAGGAGCCUGUUGUACAUGAGUUUUCAAAGACUGUUACACACCCGAGUUUCCUACGGACGGAUAAGGACGGAGCAGCACCUACGUUUACUUUCGAAGAAGGCAAGGGCUGGAUAGACGAUUCAGGAAACGUAAAAGAACAAGCCAGCGAACGAAUCAGAAGUGAUCAACGCACACCAGGGAAAAUACCAGGGGCAAAGGAGAAGCCGAAGUCCAAAACUUCGCUCAAGACUAAGGCAAGCCCUCAAAGACUUGAUGAUACAAAUACCGUUGGAGGAGAUGUUGAUAUGAAAGAAUCGGAUGAAUCGGAUGAUUGGACCUCGUCUAGCGGGGCAACGUCAUCCGACGAUAGUGCCACCGAUUCAGAAAGCGAGGCAAGCGUGACAUCCAGCUCAUCAGAUGCAUCGGGCAUCUCCAGUGACCAGGAUGAACAGGGAUCGCAGUCGACGCCCCAUGGUGUAGAAAAGAUUUCCGGCCCCGAAGCAAAGGUGGACCAUGGUGUCGCUCAAGCGGAGAAAGAUGAUGGGCCACACCCCCAAGAAGUCCAUCCACUGGAAGCUCUUUUCAAGAGACCUGCACCUGACACCACCGAUGUCAAGUCUGAUGCAGAUGCCAAUGUGCAGUUUAGUUUCUUUGGACAGGGAGACAUGGAAUCCGAGGAAGAAUCACAGGAAGUUGCAGAGCCACAAACCCCGUUCACAAAUAAGGACUUACAAAGCCGUGGACUGAGAAGUGCUGCCCCCACACCUGACACAGCGUUGGCUGGGCGAAACAAAAAGUGGAAUAGCCUAGAACAACAUGAGUUCAUGGAUGUGGAUGAUGAGCCAUACACCAACACGCCUGUUCCAAAAUCCGGCCUAGGAAUCAAGGAUGAAUCUGAAUUCACAAAAUGGUUCUGGGAGAAUCGCGGAGAUAACAACCGAGCUUGGAAGAAGAGACGGCGUGAUGCUGCGAAAGAACAGAGACAAAGGGAGAAUAGGAGGAAAGGAAUGAAAGGGAAGUCAUAG